UUCAGUCCUAGUCUUCCCAGGCUCCUAGAGGAGGAGGGACAGAACAAGAGAGGAGGGACUGGGAAGGGGUCCCAUCGUUGUACGUCCCGUCCUGGGUUUAACCCGCUGUCUCUGUCUCUAGUCUCCGAUCUGAUCUCUCUUACCCCAGUCUCCGGCCAUGAGCCCCCCUUCCAGCUCUGGCGUCUACGUGAGCCGCGGGGUGGCCCUGCUGCUGGCCGGGCUGACAGCGGUGCUCCUGCUGGUGCUAGUGGCUCUGGCUGCCUUAUACGGCAGCUGCGCGCACGUCCAGCCUUCGGAGCAGGAUAGCCCCCGGGUGAAGGACACUGUACUGUCGCCUCCCGGCGGCCAGGAGCGGGCGCAACCAACCCCUGCACAUGAGGCCACGGUGGGGACCUCCCAAGACUGGCGACCUCCGUCGGGGCCCUGGGAUCAUCUGCGCCUGCCUCCCUGGCUUGUCCCACUUCACUAUGAUCUGGAGCUGUGGCCCCGGCUGCGGCCGGACAACCUGUCCACACCGAGUUUGACCUUCACGGGUCGCGUAAACAUCACCGUACGCUGCACAGUGGCCACCUCGAGAUUGUUGCUACACAGCUUCCUUCUGAAUUACAAGCAAGUGGAAGUGUGGGGUCCUCUGGCCCGGGACACUAGGAACGCCACUGUAGGCCGCGUGCUGGUGGAGAAUGUGUGGUUUGCGCAGGAGAUGCAGUACGUGGUGCUGGAUCUGGGCCAAUCCUUGGAACCGGGUAGCAGUUAUGAGCUGAAUUUGGACUUCUCUGGCCAGGUGCUUGAGGUGGGCUCAGAAGGGCUCUUUCUGAACCUCUACACUGAUGAGGAUGAGCUCAGAGCCCUGAUAGCAACUCAAAUGGAACCAACAUUCGCCAGGCAUGUUUUCCCCUGUUUUGAUGAGCCAGCUCUAAAGGCAACUUUUAAUAUUACAAUUAUCCAUCAUCCUGGGUAUGUGGCUCUUUCCAAUAUGCCCCAACUAGGUCAGUCUGAAAGAAUUGAUGUCAAUGGAAGCAGAUGGACUGUCACUACCUUCAGUACCACACCCCUCAUGCCAACAUACCUCGUUGCACUUGUCGUGUGUGACUUCGGCCAUGUCAGCAGAACUGAGAGAGGCAAGGAGAUACGUAUCUGGGCUCCGAAAGACGACAUUGCAAAUGGAUAUUUAGACUUUGCUGCAAACAUCACCGGUCCCAUCUUCUCGUUUCUUGAGGAUUUGUUUAAUAUCAGUUAUCCACUUCCAAAAACAGAUAUAAUUGCCCUGCCUGCUUUUGUCAACGGUGCAAUGGAAAACUGGGGACUGAUGGUAUUUGACGAAUCGUCCUUGCUCCUGGAACCGGAGGAUGAGCUGACAGAGAAAAGAGCUAUGAUCUUGAGCAUCGUCUCCCAUGAGGUUGGACACCAGUGGUUUGGAAACCUGGUGACCACGAGUUGGUGGAACAAUAUCUGGCUCAAUGAAGGCUUUGCAUCUUAUUUCGAAGUCGGACUAACUAACUACUUCUAUCCGAAAGUUCCCAUGAAUAUGAUCUUUUUUUUUACCGUUUUACAUGAUAUCCUCAGAGAAGAUCAUGCCCUCGAGUUGAGAGCUGUGUCCACUCCAGGGGGAAAUUUCACAGAAACAAGAGAAAUAAGCAGACUCUUUGACAUAUACACUUACAAGAAGGGAGCGUGUAUGGCCUGGAUGCUUGCUAGUUUCCUAAGCCAGCACUUGUUUAUCAACGCACUUAAGUCUUAUUUGGAGACAUUUUCUUACUCAAAUGCUGAGCAAGAUGAUCUGUGGAGACAUAUUCAAAUGGCUGUAGGUGAGCAGAGUAUAAUACAUUUGCCUGCAACAGUAAAAAGCAUAAUGGACAGUUGGACACACCAGGGUGGCUUUCCAGUCGUCACGUUAAAUGUGUCUACAGGCAUCGUUAAACAAGAGCCGUUUUAUCUUGAGAAGGUUGAAAAUCAGACUCUUGGAAGCCACAAUACAUGGAUUGUCCCUAUUUUUUGGAUGAAAAAUGGAAUCACCCAACCUUUAGUCUGGCUAGAUAAAAGCAGCAUGAUGUUUCCUGGGAUGAAGCUUUCAGAUUCUGACAGUGACUGGGUGAUUUUAAACCUCAAUGUGACUGGAUAUUACAGAGUUAAUUAUGACGAAUUAGGCUGGAAGAAGUUACAUCAACAGCUUGAAAAGGAUCCUAAGGCCAUUCCUGUCAUUAACAGGCUGCUGCUGGUGAGCGACGCUUUCGCCUUGUCUACACACAAUUACAUCGAGAUCGAGACAGCACUUGAUUUAACCAAGUACAUUGCCGAAGAAGAUGAAAUCCUAGUGUGGUUUGAAGUCUUGGUGAACUUAAUAAACAAGGAAACUAUUUAUGAUGUGAACAACUAUGCUUUAUACCCAUUAUUGAAGAAGUAUUUGCUAAAGAGACUUAACUCAAUAUGGAAUACUUAUUCAGCUAUAAUUCGAGAAAAUAUGACAUCAUUACAAGACAAUUAUUUAUCUCUACUUUCACUGGAAAGGUUUUUUGAAACUGCCUGUUGGUUGGGUCUUGAAGACUGUCUCCAGCUGUCCAGAGAGCUCUUCAGAAGAUGGAUGGCACGCCCAGAGACACGAAUACCUCCUCAGAUUGAAAAGGUGGUCUUAUGCAAUGCCAUUGCUGUGGGGAGCGAUAAGGACUGGGAGUUUUUGUUUAAUCUUUACAUCAAUACGACCGAGGAACAGGACGGGCUCCAUCUAGUUCACGCAAUGAGCUGCAGUAGAGACCCAUGGAUACUUAACAGAUUUAUGGAAUAUGCCGUCACUGUGGUUCCCUCCCAUUUUAAUGAAACAAAUAUAAUACAAGCUGUAGCAGCAUCUGAAGUUGGCCGGUACGUUGCAAAGGACUUUCUGGUGGACAACUGGGUAGCUGUGACCGACAGGUAUGGAACACAAUGGCUGGAUGCUCUCCUCUAUAUCUUAGGGAGGACUGUCAGUACAGAUCAGCAGGUUAUGGAGUUGCAGCGGUUCCUCGGCACGGUGUUGGAGGAGCACCAGAGGAUUUUGGCUCAAGCCAAAUUACAGGCAAUGAAGGCGGAGAAUCUGAAAAACAAGAAGAGAAUUGCCAGGGUGGUUGAGUGGCUUCGGAAGAACACGUAAUCCGUGGCUUCCUGCAGGAUGGUUCUUGCAUCUCAUGACCUUCUUUACUCACUGUCCCGGCUUCCGUAUUCAGUGACGGGAAAAGCCACAUGGCUUCUUUUAUUUCGGAACCAUUUCCUACUCAGAGUCGGGUCCUUCCUGAUUUCACGUCUGGCCUCAAGGAUCCGUGAUGGCUGAGGAUUUUUGUCAGCACUGCCCUAUAUCUGGGCAAAACUCCGCUACCUGUGGAGCAAGAAAGCCACUGAAACUAUUUUAACUGCUUUCUUAAAAACAACAACAACAAACAAAUUCGGAUUGACCUAAGAAAGCAUCGCUUACUCUGUUGAAGCGGAGGCCAGUUAUCGUGAAAUCAGUGGCAUCCGUGGAGAGCACACAUUAGUGCUUCUUUCUUUACAUUUUGUGGGUGGGGUGUUUUUCCAGAAUGAGGGUAAAAAAUGCAUAUCUCCUAUCUACCUCACAGUAGUAUUGUAAAGAUUAAUCAAUAUACUGUCUAUGAAAAGUCUUUAACACUUCCAGACAAGACUAGAAGCUCAGAAACUUAUUUUUGGUGACAUUGUUAAUGAGAGGAUUCAUGUAACACGGGACAGAAAGAGCAAUCACAAACAAAACUGGACCAGCAAAGAGGAAGAGACAGGGGAUGGAAAGAAAAAUAGGUCAUUGUCUGCCACCUCAAGCAUGCUAGUCAAACAAUUAUUAUGCAAGAAUAACACUAAAAGAAUACAGAAUAAACAAGAAGUCAUCACACAUUCAAAUGUUGAUUUGGGGUUUGUAACAUUUCACAUCACUUAAAACUUAAAAGGCCUCGGAAUUUUCUGGAAAAGGUUUUGUACAUAAACAACAUUAAGCCAUUGUGCUAAUGAGACAACUUCCCCUACUCCUUAGUAAAGCCUAAGUAACUAGCAUACUGAUAGCUCAGAGAAUUGAUAAUGAACCUUUUACAAACCCAGAAGAUGUAACUAUAACGCCUUACAUAUGUCUGUGCAUUUCUGUGACUAAAGGGAUUUAAUGGAUGCAAAUAAAAACCUCUGUGCGGGGUGUCCAGGUGUCCACCUGGCAGCGCCCACUGGCUUACCAUUCCUUUACCACUUUCCUUCUUGGAGAAAAUGUAAGUAGAUGAAUAAAAGUUAUUUUGACUUGA